CCACCACGGAAACCAGCUUUCACCAUGGGCACGGCAAUGUUAGCACGGAUGUCUUUCUAUCCAACUCUUCUCUACAAUGUUGUCAUGGAAAAGGUGACCAGCAGACGGUGGUAUGAUAGGAUGGAUGAUACUGUGAUUCUUGGCGCGCUUCCGUUCCAAAACAUGACGAGACAGCUGGUGGAAGAAGAGAAUGUAAAAGGAGUGGUGUCAAUGAAUGAGACUUAUGAACUUAAAAUAUUCUCCAAUGAUGCUGCGGUGAGUCAACUUCAUGUGAUAACUUUGAAAAUGAUGAUUAAACAAACACAACCAAUAAUUCCUCCGAUGUUUCUACCCCCAAACAACAAGCUACCCGGCGUGCCAAUGGACCAGAACCAAAUGAAUAGUGGCACUGUGUACGUGCACUGUAAGGCUGGUCGAACACGGAGCGCCACCCUUGUGGGAUGUUAUCUCAUGAUGAAACAUGGAUGGACGCCAAAUGAAGCUGCCGAAUACAUGAGAAGCAAAAGGCCGCACAUACUUCUUCACACGAAGCAAUGGGAAGCGUUAGAUAUAUUCCAUAGAAGGCAUUUGUCACAUUAGAUAGCAUAAUGGCGUGACCUAAUAAAUUCUUCAUAGAAUUCAUUAGGUCAAUUUCCUGCAGAAGCAAGUGUACAUGUAGUUAGCAAAAAAAAUAUUAUGAAGAAGAUGAUAGUGUAGUGACCAAGGUAUAGGGGAUGCUUCGGUGGUUUGGUCAAGUAGAAAGAACCGCCCGCUGCCCCGUUAGUUGCCAUCGGGUGCUUGUCAACGUCGGAUCUGUGACAAAUUUUCUCCACCUAUUUUUAUUUUUUUAAUUUUAAGCGCGCAAAUUGCGGCACGUGAGCCUAAAACUAGGCUCUUGGUUUAAUAAGUCACUCGACUUACCGACUUAGUUUACUAAGUAACUCGACUAACCGACUUAGUUUACCAAGUCACUCGACUAACCGGAAAAGGUAAGCGGAUCAAGUUUCUUCGCAGCGUAACGUAACUCGCUCGAUGUUACCAUAAUAAUUCGUUUUUGAUGAGCCACAAGCAUAAAAUGCCUUCGAUUUCACGCAAACGCCUUAUCUACAAGUACACGUAAAAACCAAAUAGCUAAAUAAGUACAUAGCGUCGUUUUAGACUGCAUCACACGUCAUUGUGAUUUCUAAGUAACUUCAGGACAAAAAAUUAAUUUGUUACAAAAAUACAAAUAGCCGCCAUUAAAAAACAUAUUUUCAUUUAAACGAACUUAUCGAAAUUAUAUUUGUCUUGAGCUCCCAUCUCCAACUAGUUUUUAACCGACUUCAAAAUAGGAGGAGGUUCUCAAUUUAACUAUAUUUUUUUUGUAUGUACUUAUGUAUGGUACUCGAUUGCUCCAGAAUUUAGGAACCGAUUUUGAUGAUUUUUUUUGUUGAAAAGAACGUAUUGGUACCGUUUAAAUUUGAAAAAAAUAUUCCACUUGUAAGGGUGGCAAACUAGGGGAUGGAAUGAGGUUUC